CUAGUUUCAGUUUCGAUGUGACAACGUGCAAUUUUCACUUUCUGAACUACUCAGGAGUGACAAAUUUAAAAGAUCGUCGUGGAAUGACCAAAAGCACUAACAGGGAUUUUGAACGUCACAAUUUUCCAGAGGCAUCAACAAGGAUCUAAAUAUUGGUGCCGGGAGGGGAAAAGACUUAGUAACGCAGAUACAAUGCAUGUACCGAUAUAUAUUUGUACAAUAUGCCGAGUCAUAGUUAGUCACAAAUGAUCCAUGCAAAAAUACCAUUUUCACGACUUUGGAAGUCCAGUUUUAGUCACACAUUUGCAAAACAAAUCAAACAUUAGUGAACAUGGAAAAGGAAGCAUCACAAGAUAAUGAAAUAGAACUCACAAAGCCAUUAUACAAAAAUGGAAAAUAUGAAAAUCCUUGGAAAACAUGGCAUAAACCUUCCUUGUGGAAUCUGCUGAAGUUCAAGAUCAGAGAUGUUGACCACAGUAACAUACCAACCCAGGAGGAAUUGGAUGUAACACUUCCCCUGGUAAAACUUGACCAAGAGAAAUUGAAGAACCCUGACCCUGCCUGUGUACAGUUGGUAUGGAUUGGUCACGCCACAGUACUAGUUCAACUGGACGGUCUAACCAUCCUUGCCGACCCAAUAUUCAGUGAUCGUUGUUCACCUUCACAGCGUAUGGGCCCUAAGAGGUACAGGGCACCACCCUGUACAAUACAGGAAUUACCUCCCCUUGACAUUGUACUGAUAAGCCAUAAUCACUACGAUCAUCUGGACUUGGGGUCUGUGAAAAAACUGAUAUCCAAGUAUGGCCCAAAUCUGCACUGGUUUGUACCAAUUGGACUGAAAGCAUGGAUGACAAGUAUUGGGUGUGAUCGUGUGACAGAAUUAUCAUGGUGGGAAGAAGAGAAAAUCAUUGGGAAACAGGGAGAUGUAACUGUAGCCUUUACACCAACUCAGCACUGGUCCAGGAGAUCAUGGAACGAUGAAAAUAAAUCUUUGUGGGGAAGCUGGGUUGUAAAAGGGCCGAAUCACAGCUUCUUCUUUGCUGGGGACACAGGCUACUGUGAUGGAUUUAAGCAGAUUGGACAGAAAUAUGGCCCAUUUACUUUAGCUGCCAUACCAAUAGGCUCAUAUGAACCAAGAUGGUUUAUGUAUCCUCAGCAUGUUAACCCAGAGGAAGCUGUUCAGAUUCACAUUGACACCAAAUCUAAACAUUCUGUUGGAAUACAUUGGGGAACCUUCAAACAACUAGGCUGUUUUGAGCAUUAUUUGGAACCAAGAGAAAAGGUUGCAGCAGAGCUUCAACGCCAUGGAUUGAUGAAAGGAUCUUUCUUUACUCUAAACCAUGGCGAGAUCAAGUGCAUAUCGGAUGGAGAAUAAUAACUAGAUAUUUAAUGAGGCAAUAUAAUGGGCAGACACUGUUAUUAUCAAAUGUCAAGUUUAUCUUAGAAAUGAUAAGUAGAUGAUAGGAUAAAAAAUUUGAUUGUAACCCUUUACUCUUGGUGUAAUUAUAUUCUCAUGUACCAUUUCAAUACUUCAGUUGGUAUACUUCACUGAUCCAGUGCUUCCCAUGUUGGUAUUACAUGUACCAUUCUCACUUUUUCAGAAGUUGUUACACAUGUACUAAUUCAGUACUUCUGAAGUGUGUAUACACAAACUGAUUCAGUGCUUCUGAAUUGGUUUACAUGAACUGAUUCAAUGCUUCUGAGGUUGGUAUACACAUACCGAUUCAUUGCUUCCAAAGUUGGUAUACAUGAACUUAUUAAGUACUUCUGAAGUUGGUAUACAUGAACUGAUUCAAUGCCUCUGAAAUUUGUGUACAUGUACUGAUUCAAUGCUUUUGAAGUUGGUAUACAUGGACUGAUUCAGUAGGUAUUGCCCUUUGUUAAAUUUUGUGUCUGGAGCUUAACACUAGGUUAAUUAUACUUGGUGUAUACAUUUUUCAUACUAAGGAUGUGCAGUGUACGCAAUUCAGGGCCUCCUACCCCUUAGUUACAGAAUACUUAAUUACAGAAUAAGUGCCAUGAAACUUGGCAUAUACAUUGGUCAUACUAAGAGGAUGUAAAAUGUACCAAAUUCAAUGCCAGAAACCCCUUAAUUAAAGAUUUAGAGACCAAUAAAGUUGUUUUUCAGAGCAUUCACCAGUUUCACUGACACUCUUAUUAUGUAAAAUUUUAUAUCACAAUAAAAAUUAUCAAUAAUACAAUCAUUUCAACAGUAAA